UUUAAUACACAGGUGGUAAAAAUGAUGAUGGUUGUGGUAUUAAUAUUCGCUGUUUGCUGGUUACCAUUCCACACGUAUUUCAUACUAACUUCUUGCUAUCCGGCCAUAACGGAAACCCCCUUCAUACAAGAAGUGUAUUUAUUCAUAUACUGGUUGGCGAUGAGUAAUUCCAUGUACAAUCCGAUUAUAUACUGCUGGAUGAAUUCGCGAUUUCGUUUUGGUUUUAAAAUGUUUUUUCGAUGGUGCCCGUUCGUCCAUAUCGGCGCAGAAAGUCUAAAUCGUCGCGAUCAAAUGACUUCACGUUAUUCAUGUUCGGGUUCACCCGAUCAUAAUCGUAUUAAAAGAAAUGAUACUCAACGUUCAUUUCUAUACACCUGUCCGGGCUCUCCAAAAAAUCGACGCAUCUCACAUUGUGGAAUUUUACGCAGUUCAACUAUAGCAACACAACGUGACGGAGUACGACACUCAGCACCCAUAACAACCCUGAGGACCGGCCUAGGUGGAAGCAAUUAUCAUCAUCAUAACUCAACAUACCAUCAACGUUGUAGUCUAAAAACACCUGUUACUAGUGGAGGUAUAAACAAUAUGAAAAACACACAUGAAUUGUCAGCAUUAAGUGGCAAUGGACAGGGUAAUACUUUAACCAACAAUUCCAAAGAUUUUCUUAUCAAAACAAAUCAACGGUCAAGUGUUAGGUGGACAACAACAGCGCCAUCCACCUCUGUAACCGAAACCACAUCACUAGAGACUAGUUCAGCAGCCUAUAAUGGGGCAUCAGAUAAAAAUUAUUUAACAAAUCGUACGGCAUUAAUGUCCUGA